AUUUGAUUUGUAGGUCAUCAACAAAUACUGGCACGUUCGUCCUUGACAAUCCAGUAGUGUCCUUGUUCCGCUCACACCGAGUCCAGUUAUUACUUCGAGUUCGUCGUUCACAAACUGCAUAUGUUAUCGUCACCAUUAGGGUUUAGUGUUCAAAGAAAUGUAAAGAUAAAAUCGGUUUAUCAGGCUAUUGGUAUAUUGAUUGGAGUGUGCUUUUUAAUAUUCUAUAUCACAGUGAGAGAUGUGGAAACGGCAGUUUGUUGUUCUUUUUCAAUUUUAUUCGGGUUUGUUGGAUUAUAUGUCGACAUUCAGCUGCUUAGAGGACACUGGAGAGUAUGGCCAUUCAUCCUUCGACGGUACAUGUGGCUGGGCAUAUUAGGGUCAAUCCUCUCUUCCGCUGUUCUUCUGGGGAACUUAUACUAUGAGGUGAAACACUACCAGAUGUCAUCGUAUCAGUCAGAUUUGUGGUCGUUGUCGUCCCUACACUGGUCUGCCAUCCUAGCCUGGUCAUCUAGGAAGUACCAUGCUUUGCUAACAGAUGUCUAUACGCUAUCGAAAGGUCAUAGUUAGAGACUUAUCAGCCCGUAUUACUGUGAUGAAAAAAGAACCCCAUCGAAACUAUAGGUAUAUGCUAAAAUUUAACUUCAUGCUUUAUUUAAGUUACUUUGCUUUUUAUGAACUUUUAUUGCAUUGGCACAUAUAUUGUUUGCCUUAUUUUCCGAUAUUGAUUUAAAUUUUGUACCUUUUCAAAAAAAGAUAAUUGAACUUUUCA